AUGGAAGAAAGGAAAUGGAAGAAAGAAAUAGAGAAAGGAAUAAAGGAAAGAGAAAGAAAGAAAAAGAAAGAAAGAAAAAGAAAAAGAAAGAAGGAAAAAGAAAGAGAAAGUAUGGAGAAUGGAAAAGGAAGAAAAGAUGAAAGAAGGAAGGAUGAAUUCUGUAAGGAAAAAGGUGACUUAUGUGAACGUGCCCAAUGUGUAGCAACAAAAUGGUUUAAAAACAGAAAAACUGCAAGCAAUCAACCGCAAACCUGGUGCACAUUUUGGGGGAAUAAUGAUGUUGGGAAAUUAUUGAAGGAACUGUCUGGGGCUAUGACCAAUGCAGAUACAGGGGACCAUGAUCUAUGCAAAAGCAUUGUGCAGGAGAAAGGUGAUUCACCAUAUAUGGAAGCAAAUAGAAAAGCUUGUGAAUACAUUGUUAAAGGUUUGGAACACACAUAUAAGAUUAAGGAAUAUGGGACUUGGAGUGGGAAAGAUACUGAUAAAAAGAAGAAGGAAAACCAACAAUUUGGUCAAACUAUGUCGUGUGUCUUACUGAAUAUUUAUGCAGAUCUUCUUAAGAAAAAAUCACAGGAACAGAAAUGUAAUGUGGAAGAGAAUAUAAUAAAACAAGCAUUUGAAAAGGGGAAAGGGCAGAUGGAUAAGUGGUGUAAGGAUAAGGGUAAUUGUAUUGAAUGUAAGAGGCAAGAAAUUUUUGAUUGCAAAUUGGACGUAGAUAGCGGCCUGUGGGAUGCACAAGGAAGCAAGGAUUGCCUGGCAGGCAAAGAUGAUGUAGAAAACAAAGUAACAGAAAUGCUUAAUGAGGAUACCAAAGUACAAAGAACUCUGAAGAGCAUAUGUAAGCGAAAUUUUUUUUUCUCGAAACUACCACCCUACCACCUAACAACGACAAACCUACGCAGAGAUUGCAGCAGCAAGAAUAAAUUGUGCGAUCGUUUGGAGUGCAUAGCACAUAAUUGGUUCGAGGACAGAAUAAAUACUGCCGAGGUUAAGAAGACCUGGUGUGAAUUUUGGAAUCCGGACGUCAAGAAGAGACUGAAGGAAAUAUCUAAGAAAAUGGUGACGGGGAGCGCAACCAUGGAUUCACUGUGCGAGAGAACUGUUGGAAAGACCACUACACUGAAUGCAGCAGGGAAGAAAGCUUGUGGGUUCAUUACUGCUGGGUUAAAGUACAUUUAUGGCAUUAAGGAAAAUGCGGACGUGGCAAACAGGAAGAAAGCAAGAAAUAAUAGAUUAACAGAACAAACCCUGUACUGUCUGUUCCUGAAUGAAUAUGCAAAUCUCCUCAUAGAAAAAACAAAGGGACAAGUCUGUCCCAUCUUAGAAGAAAAUAUAAAAGAAAUGUUCGAAAAAGGCAAUGCAAAGAUGGAUGAAUGGUGUUUGGAGGGAAAGAAGAGUGGUAAUGAUUGUGUUAAAUGUGAAAGGGAUACAAGUUAUAAAACUUGCCCAUUAAGCGUGGACAGUUCUCUAUGGACAACAACUAAAAGCACAGGUGGACCAUGCGACAAAGACGGAACUAAUGUGAAGGGGGAGGUGGAUGGGUUGCUCGACACAAAUCAGAACAAAGAUCAAGAAGUGAAGCAAGCUGUGAAUGCUAUAAAUACUAUAAAUAAGAACAAUACCUUAUGUGAUCGUGUAAAAUGUAUAUACUAUAGGUGGGGUGAAAACCGAAAAGAUAAUGGAGAGCCACCCUGGCCCCAAUUUUGGAAUCCGGACGUCGAGACUAGACUGAAGAACUUGUCUGAAGCUAUAACUAAGAAGAAUGGAACUUACGAAAGUUUAUGUGAAAAUAUUCAAGAUGGGAAAAGUGGCCCAGCUUCUGAAGCAAGCAAAAAGGCUUGUAAUUUUAUUGUUAAUGGUUUAAAACAUAUAUAUAACAUUCAAAAGGGGCAAGACGGCAGCACACAGAAGAAAGAAGACAACCAAAUAUUCCACCGAACUUUCUCUUGUAUCCUACUCAAUGCAUUGGCAGAUGAAAUGGAGAAAAAGUGUUCAGCCAUACAGGACGACAUAAAGGAAGGCAUAAACCAUGCCUUCCAAAAAAGUAAAGACAUUAAGGAACAAACACAUGCAUGCAAUAAUGAAGGUGAUAUGUGUCCUGUGUGUGAAAGGGAUAAGGACUAUUCAUCUUGCAGAAUACAGAAAUCAGACGGGAAUACAAUAAAAAAAAGAUUCGAUGAUAUGCUGAACCCAAAUAAGAACAAGGAUCCAAAAGUGAAGGAAGUUUUGGAAGAAAUAGAGAAAAUAUGUCCGACUAGGAGAGAACUCAGUAGGAGUGAAACAGGGAACGGGGCGAUACCUCCACGCCUCCCCGAACCAGUACCAGCACCUAAGGAGGCAACAGAUAACGAACCAAAGCAAACGCAAGCAGGUAAGAGUGCACAUCCCUCUAAGGGUACCUCCAGAAAAGUAAACUGCAGCGGCCAGAUAGCUGAUGCUGGUGCAAAUCUUGAUGCAUGCUUUGAUGACGUAAAUGAUCUAUCAAUAGAGCCGCCCGUUAGUAUCCUGAAUGAACAUCAUGAAGCUACCGGCAAAACUGGUCCCCUUGGUGAAUUAGGUACUAAACCGGGCACUACCACUGUAACGGAAAUUGUCUCCAUCACUAAUUCAGGUCCAGGUCUUACCCCUACACAUGCAGACUCCCAAACCCCAAGCACCGGAACUGACACCCAAACUCCUUCAGGUUCCGCUGCCGGUACCAGUACUAUUUCAACAUCUGCAGGUAAAAACACUAAGAAUGAAAAUAAAAGAAAAAAGGGAAGGGUGUACAUAAAAAAAAAAAGAAGAAAGAAAAGAAAAGAAAAAAUAAAAUAA